AAAGACGGACAGGACGGAAAGGACACACAUGAAAAGCCUAACGGAUUUGAAGAGGGCACGGCAUACAGGACUAGGAAGAUCAUAUCUCAUAUCUCCUUCGAGGGUUCUCAGAUCCAGAUCCUUUUUUUUGUGUGUUUUGUCUUUCGAUUUGUUGGUUUUCUGCAGAUGACACGGGUGAGUCAUGAGGACAUCAUGGCGUCGAAAUCCAGGCCGACAGAGGAGUGAAGAGUCAGUAUAAGAGGUUACCAACUUAACCCUAGGCCCUAGGCCUCCAGUCGUACCGAACCUGAGAAGGCGGUGGAUGUGACUUCUUGUAGGUGAAUUCCCGUGACGAAUGCGAAUGUUGAAUGUUGGCUGCAUUCAAUGUGGCUCCAGGACAGAUUCAGUCUAUUUGAGGGAAAUGGGCAUCGUCCACGCGCUUCAUCGUCCCGUCUUAACAAAGGGGCGAGCCGAAACACAACUUCCCCCAGAUGCCCCGCGAAGAUGGAAACGAGAAUGACGAGAUAGUGGACGAGAAUUCACAGGAGGUGAAUAUCAACGUGAUUUGUGGACAAACCAAAGUCCUACAAAUGUCAGCGUCUUCCACGCUGGCAGACGCUGGACAGAAUGUCUUCCCAGGCCAACCUCCAUGGAUAGUCACCAAAUUCGUGGUUGACGAAAAGGUGGUUGAUGGUGCGAGUCUCGUCUCUUCCCUUGGCGGGAGGCCACUUACAAUCAUACGGGAGCAAAAAUAUUGCAAUAGCAAAAAGGAGUUGCCUCUAAGGUGUUCUCACGCCAACCUGCAUCCGCAACUCAACAAGGUGGAAGAUUUGGCUUUUUUUUAAGUCGCCAAUCACCACCGUGAGUUGGCCUGGCACGCUGACCCACGUUGGCUAUUCCAGCUUCCAAGCCACUUCGCUGACUCAUGUCGACCUGCCCAAUAGCGUCGUUUUGAUUGAGUCUUGGGCCUUCUCGGAAGCAACAUCCUUGAGACGGGCCACAGGCGAAGGUGUGCGGGAGAUAAGGAGCAAUGGCUUCAGCUCAUGCUCCGAAUUGGAGCAAAUCUAUUUUCCAAACGCGGAACUACUCGAACACGAAUGCUUCAAAGACACCAAAGUGGCGGAGGUGCGCUUCCCACAUGCCAAAGAAAUCCAAAAGUGGGCCCUGAACUCUCCAUGCCUGAGGCGGGUGUUCGUUAACGUGAACACGAAUGUUCACCCAGAGGCUUGGCCAGCAGGUGUUAUUGUAGAGUAUCUGGACGAGUAGUUGUGAGAGCGCGGCAACGAAAAAUUGCG